AAAGCUUGAGUUUGUGAGGCCUGACGGCUUUGGCGCCCUAGGGGCUCUGGGCUGAACUUUGGUUGCUGACUCUUUAGUAGCUCUGGCUCCCGCCGGGCAAUGUAGGUUCGGCUGAAACUCCGCAGACCUACCCCAGAGGUCAGUUUUCAGAAGGGGUAUGCGGUUUUUGGAAAGAGGAGAGAUGGCAGCUGAGUCAAAUGAGCAUGAAGAGUGGGUGGGCAGCGCUUACCUAUUUCUGGAGUCCUCGCUGGACAAGGUGGUCCUGUCGGAUGUCUACGCACACCCGGGGCAGAAGGUGGUCAUGUACAAGGCUCUGCAGACUGCAUUGGCAGAGAUCGGCGGGAGCCCGGAUGUGCUGCAGAUGCUCAAGAUGCACCGCAGCGAACCGCAGCUGAUUGUGCAGCUGCGGUUCUGUGGACGCCUGCUCUGCGGCCGCUUCCUCCGCGCCUACCGCGAGGGGGCGCUGCGCGCCGCAUUACAAAGGUGCUUGGCGGCAGCGCUCGCCCAACGCUCGUUGCCGCUGCAACUGGAGCUGCGCGCUGGCUCGGAGAGGCUGGACUUUUUGCUGGCGGAUGAGGAGCGCUGUUUGAAUUGCAUCUUAGCCCAGAAGCCUGAUCGGCUCCGGGACGAGGAACUCGCUGAGCUGGAGCAUGCGCUCCGGGACCUGACAUGCGGCUCAGGCGGCCAGGGUGACGACGUGGAGGUCACUUCGAUUGCUCCACAGUCCCUGGUGCCUUCUCCGUCGGAGGAGAAGCCGGCACCACCAUCUGGCCAGACUUUUCUGUUCCAGGGUCUGCCCGUAGUGAACCGCCCGCUGAGCCUGCAGGACCAACAGACCUUCGCGCGUUUAGUCGGCCUCAAAUGGCGCAAGGUGGGGCGCUCGCUGCAGCGCAGCUGUCGGGCGCUGCGGGAACCAGUGCUAGACACCCUGGCCUAUGAAUACGAGCGCGAUGGGCUAUACGAACAGGCCUUCCAGCUGCUGCAGCGCUUUGUACAGGCCGAGGGCCGCCGUGCCACGUUACAACGCCUGGUGGAAGCGCUUGAGGAGAAUGAGCUCACCAGUCUGGCCGAGGACUUGUUGGGCCUGACAGAUCCUGAUGGUGGCCUGGCCUAGGAGGGUCCUGAGGAAGGAGUGGUUUGCCAGGUGCCUAUCCAGGGAUCGGAGCACUGGGAUGAUCCUAGGGUUGCAUCUGCUGCUACUGCUGACCCUUAUGUAUCCACAAGACUCUGAGACCACAUCUUCUACCCCACUUAGCUUUUGUGCCGGAGCUGCUGGAGCUGCUGGGGCAGAGCCAGACAAGCACCUGCCAAGCCCGCUGGGAGUGCACUAUUGGGGAUUCCGCCCCCCAAAUUUUAUAGAGACAGAAUAUGUGGGUGACCUGCUGUGGAAGUCAACCUCACUCUCUUCCACCCCAGAGGGCUGCCAGCAGGCUGCCUUACUUCUUCACUACUGAACAAUUACUCAUUAACCGCUGGGACCCUCGGUGCCCUAGGCAUCAUCCUGGGAGCUGCAAACACUGUGGUGAAAAGACACACAUCCUGCCCACUCCCAGCUCACACUCAGUAUGGGACCCUAAAUCUUAAGCCACGGUAAUAAAUUCCAACCCUUCUUUUGAUGUGAGAAAUACAAAGUUGGAGAAGCAUUGA